AUGCAACUCGCUUUAGACAUGGGGGUCCAGGAACAGGUUGUGGUCGGGGACUCCCGACUCGCAAUACAGCAACUCCAGGGCGUCAUUGGUUGUACCCAGCCCCACCUGUUGAGGUUACUCCAGGAGGCUGAAGUGCUCCAAGCUAGGUUCAAGUCUUUACGCCUAGUGCACGUGAAAAGAGAUUUCAACGCUACUGCCGACUACAUCUCCAAGCGAGUCAUCCAGGAUCAGUCAUCAUUGGAGUCGCUGGUGGAGUGCGCGUUCUUAGCCACAGCUCGGAAUAUACCCAAGUGCUCCCCUGGAAGUUUAGGGGGCGACGUGUUCGCGGUGACGCGCUCGAAGUCCAAACAGGUCAAGGCCACAGAGAAGUCGGUUCUGGGAACCGGGAUCGACGACCCCGGAACCAAUGACCUCGGAACCGACGAGUCGGGAACCGGUGGUCCUGGAACCAAUGACCUCGGAACCGACGGUCCGGAGGACGAGCCGACAGCCGAUUCCCGGAGCCCAGACUGUCAAGACUCCGAAGAAGACCCCGAAGACGUCCGCAGGGAACGAUGGAGAAGGAUUUGCUCUUACCAGGCACACGACCCGAGGCUAGCGCGUUUGGUAAAGUUCCUCCGGGGCGAGACUGAGCACUUGUCCCAGAAACAAACGACACACUUGGCCAAGACAGCGGACCAGUUUGUAUUGGACUCCCGGGACACCCUGUUCUAUGUGAGUCGGAGCACCCCAGAACGUCCCCGAGACGCCGCAGACCGCCUCCGCGUGGUAGUCCCCCAGGACCUCCAGGAGGACAUCCUGCACCACUGUCACGCGUACUUCCAAGGCGCUCAUCAAGGGAUCAUCCGGACCUAUGAGAGGCUGCGCAAGGAGUUCUAUUGGAUCGGCAUGUUCAAGGACACCGAGCGAUAUGUCAAGGAAUGCGUGGACUGCGUCACGGCCAAGGGACUACCCCGAAACCCGGGACCGUCGCCCGGUAACCUGUUGGCUACGCGACCGUUU